AUUAACGCAAGGGCGGAACUCAGACAUGACAUCUCGCUCCAAUAAAGUAGUUCCGGGUCACCCGAUCGUCCUUGGUUGUGGUCAACUUUGUUUGGAUUACUUAGUUACUGUACCGUCUUUCCCAGUUCCCGACCAAAAGAUCCGAUGCACGAGCUUCAAGGUUCAAGGAGGUGGAAACACUGGGAAUACUUUGACAUGCGCUGCUCGUUUGGGUUUGGCUUCUAGGAUCUUAGCUAAGGUUGCUGAUGAUUCUCAAGGGAGAUGGAUGCUAGAGGAACUAGAAUCUAGCGGCGUCGAUACUUCCUUUUGUGUGACAGCUAAAGAUGGAGUUUCACAUUUUAAUUACGUCAUUGUAGAUAACCAAACGAAUACUCGCACGUGCGUUUUCACACCAGGAUAUCCUCCUUUGCUCCCAGAUGACCUUACAGAAUCCCUCCUUUCAGAUGUGCUUGAUAGGGUGAGAGUUAUACAUGUAACUGGGAGGUCUCGAGAAACCGAAUUGCUUCUUGCGCAAAAGGCACAUAGCAAGAAUGUAUCCAUCUUAAUCAACGCAGAGAAAAGACGGGAGGGACUAGAUAAGCUCCUUGACUUAGCUGAUUAUGCCGUUUGCUCUACUCACUUCCCUCAGGAUUGGACUGGGUCACCAUCAUCCCCUAGUGCGCUUCUCUCUAUGCUCAUUAGACUACCGAAGCUAAAGUUUGUAAUCAUGACUUUGGGGGAAGACGGUUGUGUGAUGCUCGAGAGAUGUCCCAAUGAGGUUCCAGAAUCAGAAGAAACAGACAUCGAUGAACUACACGAGUCUCUGAAGCAAAGCACAGACUUUACAAGUGUUUUACCGGUCUGCAAUUCAUCGAUGGUUACUAGACUGAAAGGAAAUGUUACAGGGAGAUUGUAUAUCGUAACAGCUGAGAAAAUACCUUCAUCGGAGCUUAUGGACACAACAGGGGCAGGAGAUGCGUUCACUGGAGGUUUGCUCUAUGGUUUGUGCACAGACAUGACUUUAGAAGAAACGCUGACAUUUGCAUCUCGAGUAGCUGCUUGUUGCUGCAGAGGUUUAGGGGCUCGAACAACUCUUCCAUUCCGUACUGAUCCAAAUGUUGCAGCUUUCUUGGGAGCAUGAUCAUAAUUUGUUUGUCCUUGACGGCUCAACACUCAAGGUCAAGGUCUUAAAAUGGGUCUUUAUAUAUUUGUAUUUUAUCAAAUGUGAAAUAAAAUAGUUGAUUUGAAAAAUAAAAAUAAAUUAUUGUUUCAACGAUUGUAUAAAUCAUGACAUCGUCGUACUUUACGUGUGUAUCAUGUGAACUUGUAAUAAUA